AUGGCGCAGAGCGGAGUUCAGCUGGACGAGGAAACAAUUUGCUGUUCGAUCUGUCUGGAUCUACUGAAGGAUCCAGCGACUAUUCCCUGUGGACACAGCUACUGCAUCAACUGUAUUAAAACCCACUGGGAUGAAGAGGAUCAGAAGAAAAUCUACAGCUGUCCUCAGUGUAGGCAGACCUUCAAACCAAGACCUGUCCUGGUGAAAAGCACCAUGUUAGCUGUUUUAGUGGAGGAGCUGAAGAAGACUGGACUCCAAGCUGCUCCUGCUGAUCACUGCUAUGCUGGACCUGAAGAUGUGGCCUGUGACAUCUGCACUGGCAGAAAACUAAAAGCCUUGAAAUCCUGUCUGCNAUCCCAGCAGGAAACUGAAGUGAGUCGAGUCAAAGAGCUUCAGGAGAAGCUGGAGCAGGAGAUCACUGAGCUGAAGAGGAAAGACGCUGAGCUGAAGCAGCUCUCACACACAGAGGAUCACACCCAGUUUCUACACAACUACCCCUCACUGUCACGACUCAGUGAAUCUACAGACUCAUCCAGCAUCAAUAUCCGUCCUCUGAGCUACUUUGAGGACGUGACAGCAGCUGUGUCACAGCUCAGAGAGAAACUACAGGACAUUCUGACAGAGACAUGGACAAACAUCUCACUGACAGUGACUGAAGUGGAUGUUUUACUGCCACAACCAGAGCCCAGGACCAGAGCUGGAUUCUUAAAAUUUUCAAAGGAAAUCACACUGGAUCCAAACACAGCAAACACACGUCUGUUAUUAUCUGAGGGAAACAGAAAAGCAACAGUAAUGAGUCAAGAUCAAUAUUAUUUCUUUUGUCGUUCUGGCAGAUUCACCAAAUGGUUUCAGGUCUUGAGUGCAGAAAGUCUGACUAGACGUUCUUACUGGGAGGUGAAAAAAGGUGUGGGAGGAGUUUCAGUAGUGGUUGCAUACAAAGACACUAACAGUGUAAGUGAAAGAUUUGGAGAUAAUUUCAGAUUUGGAGAUAAUUUCAGGUCUUGGGCAUUAGAUAUUUACAAAUGCCAUUAUGAAUUCAGACACAACAAUAUCAGCACUUCAGUCUCAGGUCCUCGGUCCUCCAGAGUAGGAGUGUACCUGGAUCACAGAGCAGGUAUUCUGUCCUUCUACAGCGUCUCUGAAACCAUGACUCUCCUCCACAGAGUCCAGACCACAUUCACUCAGCCUCUCUACGCUGGUUUUCAUCUCUAUGGUCCCACUGAAAACACUGCUGAGCUGUGUGGACUUGAGUAG